GGGCUGCGAGGGAAUAAGAGCACAGUAUGUACGGAGUACAAAACAGAAUAAGACAGCGCCGCUUUUUGGACAACAACUGGGCUUGAUCCUGGAAAACAUGCAGGCCAUAACGUGAGACCUUGGUCAGGGGUUCAGGUCCGUCCAGUGCUCGGCUUCAUGGCCGGGUGCACCACGUCUCGCCUCAGAAAGCACGGCUGAUAGUCACAUCUUUUUUGCCCACUGGAUAUGGGUAAAUGCCCGCGGCGCCGCCAGUGCCACGACUGCCCAUUGAGAAGCGCUUGCAGCCAUUGCUGUCCAUGUGACUGGCAAGUAGUAGUAGUAGUAGACAAAUUUGCAGAUAUGUAGUCGCCGACAGAACAGGGCCGUGAGAACUCACCAUUCAACCAACCCGGUUCAACAAAGUCCCGUCGGUGACGCAUCCGGGAGAAAACCGCAUGAGAGAGAAGCCCGGCUUCCGACCACACAUCGAACCCCAGGAAGCGGGUGCAUGCCUUGCCCGCGCGUGCUUUUGUGGUGUGUGUGUGCCGAGACCCGACCCUGCAUCAAGAGCGAAUGGGAAGGAAUGGAGUGCGAGCCCGGAGCAACACGAACGCAGAAACAGAACAGGUGGCUGGCAGCAGUUGAGAUGCAGCAGCAGUGCUGGUCCAAGACUGAAUAAACCAGGAGAUGUAGCGGGGUCAGGUAUAAUACGAAGGUACCCGAGGUCGAGGUGGCUGGCUAACCGUCCACCUACCACCUACAUCCGGAUACCUUACCUACCUUCCCUUGCCUUACCUACAACAUGUUGUGGUAAGCUCUCUGCCCACGCCUUGUUGAGGGCGGAGCUUGUCUGGAUAAGACUGGUGAAUUGGCGGCGAUGCGCCCAAUCAAACAAGCUGCACCUGGCUGUGGAAAGGCUGACGCUCUCCAAUGAAAAGUCCCAAAGGCCGCACUCGUGCAGCUCUGGUCGAUCCUGGGCCUCGUCGUGCAUGGCCAGUUCCUGGCCUGAUUCGUGCCUUCAUUCUUCGUGGGUAACUGGCGGAUUAGAGAGGGCCGAGACAAGCAACGAAGCUACGGCUGUGCCGAGCUAUAGCAUCAGAGAGGUUGGGCAGAGACGCAUGCAUGGGCACCUCAGCAUGGGCAAACUUUUGGGUUCAAGGUGAGGUAAGUGAGUGUGAGCUAGCAAUGGAAGACUGCAAGAGACCGAUCUCAUUCCAUCCAUCCCUUGGUUCAACGUUUCGAUGCGGGCAAGCCUUGAUCGGGCAGUCGGGAGUCGAGACUGGGGGGAGAGAGAUGGAGCGGGGACGGGGUGAAAUGGAACCAUGGUGCUGCAGCUGUCUCGCAAUGGAA